AUGGUUGAGACUCAUUCGAUGCAUUCGAUGCAUCCAUUUGGCUCAGCCGUGGCAGCCGACUGGCAGCCGCCCGACUGGGCUGGGAUGUUUCGGUGUGCGUGCAUCAAUGCUGUGAUUCUCAGCCAAUCACCCUUGACGAUGGUUUUGUCGAUGGUUUCUUUGAUGAAAUCCGAAGCAUUUCGUAAAGCCAAGGACUUGGAUUCGACUCGCAGGGAGGACGUGGAACCUCCGACUGAAGCCCAGCAACAGAAGGAGUUCUUUCAAUGCACUCGUCAGUGUCGCUGGAAGUUUGGCAACACCUUUGAUUUGACCAUUGUGGGUGGUCGCAGCGGUUGGAGCAACUGCCAAUGCUUUCGCCACUUGGUCAGAGAACGGCCGCCUGUGGUCUCAAGGCCACAGGCACGUCACGGCGUCACGGCGUUUCGUGGCGCAGACGAGACCUUGCCGCAAGUGAUUCCCAGAUACUCUGCCAAAGAGUUUGACACGGUAAAUACCUGGAGCGGCAAUGAGACGAGUGGAUGGAACUGUGAUUUCGUUUGUGUUCAACAGCCAGACGGUUCGCUAACCACUCUGACAAAGGAAGAGGUGCAGAGCCAGAUGCUCAGCGCAGACUUCCGGAAGCUUCACUGCGGUCGCUGUGCAGCCUGCAGUGCGCCGGAGGAUAUCGAGGUGCUGGCGAAGACCCGCAAGUGGAUCACAGAGGUGAUGACCACGGUGGCCGCCCGUUUUGCAGCUCCCUGGGGACACCGCGAUCCAAAGAGGUUGCGGACAGACCUCGUGGAGGCCAAUAUCAGUUUCAGCGAAAAGCGCUAUGAUGGGCGGACAGAUCUACCAAGUUGUAUGGACGUUUGGGCUGACAACAUCAUGUGUGAUGCGAUGUCGUGCAAAUCCAAAUGCUGGUUGAAAUUCUUCAAUGCCAAGAACGCCAAGACAGAUGCUUGGAGAAACUUUAACAUUGAGCUAAAUUGA